AUGCCACCGACAACAAUCUUUGGCGACAUAGGCAAACUGCACGCCAACGACCUACGCACCACUCUACAGAGUCUAGACAUUCACCGGAUCGACACAGCAGCCCGCUACCAAGAUGGCGAGUCGGAGAAAAUAAUUGGAGCCGCCAGCUUUCCCAAGGACUUCACAAUCGACACCAAAAUCAAGUUCUGGUUCCCAGGCGAUGGCACACUUACAUCUUCCGCUAUUGAGACCAGUCUGACCAACAGUCUCAAAGUCCUGGGACCAGACUACGCCACGCCCCUCUCCGAAACAGCCGAAGCCUUCGAUGACCAGUACCGUCGAGGCCGUUUCACGCACUUGGGAGUCUCGAAUUUCAUGCCUGAGAUGCUGCAGGAGUACAUCGAUAUCUGCGACAAGGAAGGGUAUGUCAAGCCUACGGUGUACGAGGGCCACUACAAUCUCCUCUGCCGCUCCUACGAGGAGACUCUCUUCCCGCUACUGAGGGAGUACGGUAUAGCCUUCAAUGCGUAUUCGCCUUUGGGUGGAGGCUUCCUCCUGGGCAAUUUCACGACGGAGGGUCAUCAAUCUGGUUCUCGCUUCGCGACACAAGGAGGAAUGUACAAUAACUUCUACGACCGUCCAGCUUUACACGAGGCCGUUGCUAAACUUCGGGCUAUCUCUGAGAAGUCGGGCCUGGGGAUGGACGAGCUCAAUUUGAGGUGGUUGAAGUUUCAUUCGAUCCUAGGUGAUGAGGAUGGGAUGAUUCUGGGCGCGAGUAAGUUGCCCUAUAUUGAGAAGAACCAUGCGCAAUUGAGUAAGGGGCCGUUGCAGGAGAGCGUGGCGAAGCAGCUGGAUGCACUGUUCACUGAUGAUGUUAAACGUGCUGCCACAGAGAUUGUGGAUUUCAAGAAAAUGGUUGGGAGAUGA